AUGCAUCCGGGACCGCCAGGGACAGGGAAGAGAUGGGAAACCAAGAGGGAGGGGCUGGGUGUCGCUCCAGGCCAGCGUGACACCAUGCCAGAGUCAGGAGCCACCAAGGCUCACGGAGAACCUAGAGUCCCUGGCGGGUCGCGGCCGACAUCUGUCCCGAUGUGGCUCCUCCCGGUGCUCCUCAUGCUCCCGUUCCUGGGAGAAAGGGGGAGCGGCUUUAGCCCGGAGGCCCACAUCGUUGGGGGCGCAGCGGCUGUGCCCCGGCAGUGGCCCUGGCAGGUCAGCCUGCGUGACCGGGGCCAGCACGUCUGCGGGGGCAGUCUCAUCGGCCACCAGUGGGUGCUCACCGCCGCCCACUGUGUCUCCAGCUCCACGAGCCUGAAGGACCUGAGGGUCCAGCUGGGAGAGGCUGCGCUGUUCCGGGGCUCCAUCUCCGUGGCUGUCGUCUGUGCCAUCCGGCACCCCUUCUUCACCGGGGACGCUCUCCAGGGCGGUGACGUGGCUCUCUUGAAGCUGGCACGCCCCAUGCCUUUCUCCAGCACCAUCAGACCCAUUGCCCUGGCUCCACCAGGCGCGGACUUCCCUGCAGGCUCCCUCUGCUGGGUGACUGGCUGGGGGGAUGUCCAGCAGGACGUGGCCCUGCCUGAGCCCCGCAGGCUGCAGGAGGCAGACGUGCGUGUGGUUGGCCUAGACAGCUGUCGCAGGCUCUACUACCCAGAGCCCAUCACCAAGAACAUGCUUUGCGCUGGUGACGUCCAGGGCCAAAAUGGAUUCUGUGAGGGCGACUCCGGGGGCCCCCUGGUCUGUCAGCUGCGGGACAGGCGCUGGGUGCAGGGGGUGGUGAGCUUCAGCAGGGGCUGUGCUGAGCCCGGACUCCCCGGGGUGUAUGCCCGGGUCUCUUCCUACAGGGCCUGGAUCCAGCGCCACCUGCUCCCGCCCGGGCACUUUCGCAGGAACUUCCGCAGGGGCUGA